CUUUAGUCCAAGAUACAGGCACAGUGUUGAUUGAUGAGAAGCUCCUGUCACUUUUGCUAACUAUCUUUUCAUUUCUAAAAGCUGUCCAAACAACAUAGAACGACAAAACCUAACACGUGUCUCAGAAUUCCAUCUUAUGAGAUUCUCUGAUGAUCCAGGACUGCAACCCAUCCUCUUUGGACUGUUCCUUUCCAUGUACUUGGUCACGGUACUUGGGAACCUGCUCAUCAUUCUGGCUGUCAGUUCUGACUCCCAUCUCCACACCCCCAUGUAUUUCUUCCUCUGCAACCUGUCCUUUGCUGACAUCUGUUUUAUCUCUACCACAGUUCCAAAGAUGAUUGUGGACAUCCAAACUCACAGCAAAGAGAUCAUCUAUGUGUGUUGUCUUACACAGAUGUCAUUUUUGAUCCUUUUUGGAUGUAUGGAUGGCAUGCUUCUGACUGUGAUGGCCUAUGAUAGGUUUGUGGCUGUCUGUCAACCUCUGCAUUACUCACUCAUCAUGAAUCCUCGCCUCUGUGGCCUUUUAGUUUUCCUGUCUUUUUUGGUUAGUCUUAUGGAUUCUCAGGCACACAACUUCAUUGCCUUACAAAUCAUCCACUUCAAGGAUGUAGCAAUUUCCAAUUUCUUCUGUGACCCUGCACAACUCCUUAAUCUUGCCUGCUUUGACACAUUCAUAAAUAACAUAGUCAUGUAUUUUGUUGGUGCCAUCUCUGGUUCACUCCCUUUCUCUGGAAUUUGCUUCUCUUACUACAAAAUCAUCUUCUCCAUUCUGAGAAUUCCAUCAUCAGGUGGGAGGUGGAAAGCCUUCUCCACCUGUGGCUCUCACCUGGUAGCUGUUUGUUUAUUUUAUGGAACAGCCAUUGGAGUAUACCUUGGAUCAGCUGUAUCACAUUCUUCCAGCAAUACUGCGGUGGCCUCACUGAUAUACACUGUGGUCACACCCAUGCUAAAUCCCUUCAUCUACAGCCUGAGGAACAAGGACAUGAAAAGAGCAGUGAGGAAACUCUGCAGCAGAACAUUGUAAUUUCAGGGCCUGUG